AUGUCAACAGACGACACAUCAGAAAGGGAUAGCUCAACUGCCGGCUCUAGCUUCAACCAAGAUCCCGACAACAAUCAGCAGGAUGGAAGGACUACCAUUCCAAGUCCAGGUGAAACACGUCGGCAACGUCUGUUUAUAGACAAAAAAAAGAAAGAAUUCAAUGAUAACAAUGAUGUGUUAAGUAUGGGCACACCAGAUCAAACAUGUGGAUCUUGCCAAGCCAUUGUAUGGCCUGCAGAGUUUACUGGAAGGCAUGUAGGACCUGGGCCAAUGUCGUAUUCCAUCUGUUGCAGUAAGGGAAAGGUGCAACUAUCAUUCUUGCGUGUUCCGCCAUUCGAGCUAACUCGCCUCCUCACCGGUAAUGAUAUACAGGUGGAUGAAUUAGUCAAUGAUGGAAGAGGACCAUAUGUCUUUCGGGUAACUGGGCAAGUGUAUCAUAACAUUGCAUCUUUGGUGCCACCAGACGGCCGAGCCCCAAAAUUUGCACAAUUGUAUAUGUAUGAUGGAUACGAGGCAAAUGAGCAUAGAAUUAAUCUUACUGGAGACAAGGGGAGGGUCGAUAAAUUGAUUGUUGCAACCCUCGAUGGCAUGCUUAGCCACAACAAUAUGCUGGUGGGAAUAUUCAACCAAAUAAGACAACGGUUUUCUAGUGUCGAGCAUGUUCCUGUCCGCCUAAAAUUAUUUGAGAGACGCACAUCUGACGGUCGGUUCCAUAACAGUCAAUCUGAAGAGGAUUAUGAAAUUGAGAAUAUUCAUGCUGUAAAUGCCUUUGAGUUCGCGGGUCUAGCUGUAGAUAAUGACUUUGCAAAUAAAAGGGACAUAGUUGUUCAUAGUAAAACACUUGGACUGCAACAUAUUAGUGAGUUACAUCCAUGUUACAUGUCCUUGCAAUAUCCUCUUCUAUUCCCGUUCGGUGAAGAUGGCUAUCGAAUUGGUAUAAAACACCGUGAUGUGCAGAUUUCUGAUAAUCGGGGGCAUAACACUGUUAGUAUGUGUGAAUAUUAUGCCUUUAGAACACAUUACCGUGUAGGUGAGGGACAUGCUCUAAUACUUGGGGGCCGACUCUUUCUGCAAUUCCUGGUUGAUGCUUGGUGCUCAGUGGAACGCACUAGAUUAUUAUGGGUACAAAGGAACCAGUCCCUCAUUAGAUCAUAUCUUUAUAACAAUGUGGUUGACAGCUUCAGGCGAGGAGACACAGUUGCUACUGAUUUGGGAAAACGAGUAAUUCUGCCCUCAACCUUCACUGGAGGGUAUAGAUACAUGCAGCAGAACUUCCAAGAUUCACUGGCCAUUUACAAAGAAUAUGGUCAUCCUGAUCUCUUCAUCACAUUCACUUGUAAUCCAAAAUGGGAUGAAAUUGAAGCUGCAAUUCAAAUGUCUUCAUCGCAUGAUGCCUCUGUGCGCCCUGAUAUUGUUGCCCGUGUGUUCAAAAUGAAACUUGAUGCUAUGAUUGCUGAUUUCACCAAGCAUCGUGUGAUGGGGCGUGUCCUUGCAUAUAACUUUGUCGCAUGCUAUAUUAUAUCCCAACUACACUUGGAUCUACCAGUUGUGUACACAAUUGAAUUUCAGAAACGAGGCCUCCCGCAUGCACAUAUAGUUUUAUGGUUGGCAGAAGGUGACAAAAUAACAACUCCAGCCGAUAUUGAUUCAAUUAUAUCUGCUGAGAUACCAGAUCAACUCAGUGACCCCGUGGGUUAUAAAGCGGUAUCACAGUUUAUGAUGCAUGGACCAUGUGGGUCUGCAAACCCAAAAUACCCCUGUAUGAAGAACGGUCGAUGUUCAAAAUAUUACCCAAAAUCUUAUAGUGACAACACUAUAACAGAUGCGGACGGAUAUGCCCAAUAUAGAAGAAGAGAUACCAAGAACACUGUCAAAUGUGGCAAGGUCUUUCUUGACAACAGACAUGUUGUCCCUUACCACCGUGGCCUCCUUAUAAAAUAUCAAGGAAAUAUAAAUGUGGAAUGGUUCAAUCGCAAUCUGGCUAUUAAAUAUUUGUUCAAGUACAUUGGCAAAGGUCCAGAUAUGGCUACGAUAGUUCUGGAGAGGGAAGACCGUCAUGCCACAAAUCUAGAAUUGCCUUCUACAUCUCAAGCAACCGUAGUUGAGCACGAUGAGGUCAAAACAUAUGUGUCAUGUCGGUAUGUUUCGGCGGCAGAGGCAUAUUGGCGCCUCUUCGAAUUCCCUAUACAUCAUCGGGAACCUUUUGUCCAGCGAUUAUACUUCCAGCUUGAAAACGAACAGGAAGUGAGAUUUCGCGAUAAUGAAACUUUGCCUGAAGUGGUUCGUCGCAUUGACCCCGAUGGCACGAUGUUCAUACAAUGGAUGUUGACAAACCGGUAUGAUGAACUGGGCCGUGAACUAACAUUUGUUCAAUUCCUGACAAAAUUUCGAUGGGAUUCGACCGCACGCCGGUGGUUUCGAAGAAAGCAAAAUAUCAACGUUGUAGGCCGAAUGGUAUAUGCUCACCCAGCAUCUGGAGAACGGUUCUAUAUGCGACAGUUAUUAAACAUUGUCCAAGGGGCCACAAGUUUCGAGGACAUCAAGAGGGUAGGCGGGGUUGUUUAUCACACCUAUAAAGAGGCAUGCUUUCAUAGAGGUCUCCUUGAUUCAGAUAAAGAAUGUCAUAUUGCACUUGAGGAUGCCAAUGCCUAUGCUACUGCACCACAGCUCCGUGACUUAUUUGUUACUUUAUUAGUGUUUUGUGAAGUCAGCAAUCCGUCCGAGCACUGGGAAAAACAUUGGCUUACUUUAUCCGAUGAUAUAGAAUACACACAAAGGAAGCUUUUAAAGCUACCAAGUCUGAGAAUUGAUGUUGGUGACAAACAAAUGCUUGCGCUUCAGGCUAUUAGUGACUUGUUGAAGCAAUAUGGGAAGAGGUUGGCCGAUUACCCAGGUCUACCAGCAUUGAACACAGCUACAAAGCACAAGUACAAAAAUGAACUACUGAUAGAAGAGAUGAUGUAUAAUCGAGAGGCGCUUAGGAUUAUGGCAGGAAACAUAAUUGACUCCCUGAACUACAUGCAGACUACUAUAUUCCAAAGAGUUAUCCAGGCUGUGGAGUUAGAUUUGGAUGGCCUUUAUUUUGUGUAUGGUCCGGGGGGCACAGGUAAAACGUUUCUGUGGUCAGCUAUAAUAUCAAAAUUAAGAAGUGCGGGUAGAAUAGUCCUAGCUGUUGCAUCAUCUGGUAUAGCUUCUCUUUUAAUGAAUGGUGGAAGAACUGCACAUUCGCGUUUUAAAAUACCAAUCAAUAUUGAUGAGUUUAGUUGUUGCGAGAUUAAACAAAAUACAUACCUGGCAGAGCUGAUAUAUGAAACUAGCUUAGUCAUUUGGGACGAGGCCCCCAUGACUCAUCGUGUCGGGAUAUCCGGUCAAAGGUGA